UGUAUGUGCGCGCGCGCGCGCAGGAGGCACCGCCGGCAGACAUUUUCUGCUCCUCCAGGCGUCCAAUAAUCCAUCAGAUUAAACCUCCGCUGAAUGAGAAGCACCACCUUUCAUUUUGCUGCUGCUUCUCUCACCAACACAUUCCUUCUAAUGCCUCCAAACCCCGAAAUGAGAUAACAUGACGGCCGAUCUGCCGGAGCGCUGUCCGCGGUGCUGACCGCCCCGCGACCCUCCACCUGCCGCGGAGAACGCAAAAAAAAACAAGCCCGCCAGAUGCACGCGGAGACGGGCACGAACUACCUGUUAGCCGCCGCGGGCUGCGGGGCUCCGCCGCCUCUUUUCAUUCAUCGCAUCUGACUUUGUGCAACUUGUGAACAGAAGCCGAGACGCAAGAGGAGAAGCUGAGGAUGAAGACGCAGGAGGGUUGAAGGAGGAGAAGAGGAGCGUGCAGAAGAGCCGGACGGCUGCGGGAGGACAGAGGAGGUUAUGACCGCGUUCCUCCACCUGGACCUUCACCUGGGGCUGCUGCUGCAGCUGCUGACCUGCUGGCAAACGCCAGGGAUGGUCCGAGCCACUGUGCCAGCAGCCCCGGUCAACGUGUCGGUGACUCAGCUGAGGGCGCACUCGGCCACGGUGACCUGGAACGUUUCUCAGGGAGACACCGUGAUCGGCUACUCCAUCUCACAGCAGAGGCAGGACGGCUUGAUGCAGCGCUCCAUCAGGGAGGUGAACACGUCCAGCCACUGGUGUGUGCUGUGGGACCUGGACGAGGACACACACUACAGCGUCCAGGUCCAGUCCGUCGGGCCGCAUGGUGACAGCCCGCCGAGCCGCGCCGUCCACUUCAGGACUCUGGAGAGGAGUGAUCAUUAUCCAGCCGGAGUCCUGGACCACCAUGAGCCGGCGAUGGAAGGUUUGGACAUGACUCCUCACCUACAGACCGGAGAGCUCCUCAUCAUCACCACCGUGCUGCUGCUGUGGGCAGCCGUCAUCGCCCUCUUCUGUCGACAGUAUGACAUCAUCAAAGACAACGACUCCAGCAGCUGCAAGGAGAAAGCCAAGAGGCCGCUGGUCCGAGCCGCCCCCCCCCACUACACCGCCUCAGCCGGCAGCUCGCCGCUCUGCCACGACGGAGAUCUGCACAGAGCCUCCUCCUCCGUCAGCAUCAUUAGAGUCUGAGUUCGGCAGCAUCUCGCCGUGCCGGACGGACGGAUUCGGUGAAGUGCCGCUUUAGACCCGAGGAACUUCAGUGCAGCGGAUGGAGCAUCUGCAGACUCGACCGAGAGUCGAAGCUAUUGUAAAAUAUGGGGAAGCCAAGAAGCGUCCAUGCAAAUGGAACUGUGGAGUAAGUGGAUGAGUACUGCCCUCUAGCGGCGGACGAGGAAACAUUCAGGCCAUUGAAACUUUCAGGCAAAGGACGCAGGAGUUUGACAAGAUGCAAAAAGUCGGAUUCAUGUAGUUUCUUCUCUCGGAUUUUGAAGACUGUGAAUAUUUGCAUGUCGUCAUCAAAUUAAUGGAAAAGUCAGGUUUGACUUUGUUUUUUUUACGUAGAGAUGCAAGUGUGUGUCUAAAAUCAACUCAACUGUGUUUUUCAUUUCCUAAUGCGGUAGAUGUACAGCACUAACAUAGAACAUGUAUUAUUUGUAAAUAGAAUAUGUACAUAGUUCAAAUUUAAAUGAUUGUGCAGUUAAGUUUGAUGACAACUAAUAUUUCAUAUGAAUUUACACUUUAUUUUCAGAAUCCAGAUUUUACAGUUAAAUCAAAUUUUUGCAUUCAGUUAAAUUAAUCACAUUCUAUCAUGACUAAAUGACGGAAUAAGAAAUGUAGAAGAGUUGACAUAUUCCAGGAUGUAAAAUCAAGCUUCUUGAUAUAUAUUUUUUCUCAGUAUAUACGUAUAUACUUAAAUAUUUAGUUGGUUAACUUUUCUUGUGGUGGAAUUGUUGAAUGGCGUAAAAUACAGGUCCAGAUUAUGAUAAACAAAGCUGCUGUGGUCGACAUUGAUUUGGCUUCAGCGACGUUGCUGCAACAUCUCAGGCCACAAAAAUUCAAGGUGUAAAAUAAUAUAAACUGGAAUUAUCCAAAUAAAAACCGUGAAGAGCAUUCUGAGUAUUUAAAACACUCAUCUCUCCUACAACCGGCUGCCUGAUAAAUCAACCCUAGACUGCAAAAAUCCACAUUUACUGGACGUGACGACAAGUCAGUGAACUCUCACCGGUCCUACAAAGAUCUCCUCUGCCUCCGUUCUUCCGAAUGGGGGUUAAUGUUGGCCUUAGGAUGAAGCCCUUAGUUCCCAUGCAGUAUACGGUGGUAUUUAUGGGUGAUGUCACUGACAGCGCUUUCUUGAAUGUACAACAACACAACCAGUGGAUUAGAAAUUGCAAAGAAAUCUUCAAUAUAUAAUCUCCAAUGACAUAAUUAGAUACUUUAUAUUUUUAUUUGGUUGCUCCAGAAUACAUGAUAGUAACUUGAAGCUAAACAAAGAGGUCAUGUUUGUGGAUGUAGUGUGGUAUUUUAAUUUGUGACUCUAUAUUGUCCAGUUUCAACAAAAAUGAAAAUAAAUUAGGUUUUAGUAGAUUAUUCCAUCCAGGAUUAAUGGGUAAAUAUAGUCCGUUUCUAGCCAUCGACGAGUCAGUAACAGUUAACAGUUAAAAUGGCGUUAUGAAUGCCUUCAAUGACGUCACACUUAAUGGUUAUUCCCUAUGAUAAUGAAAUUAUUGUCAGUAGUUUAAAGAAGAUAAUGAGGGACAUUGUUCAUACUCAUACUCAUAAACAUGCAUACUUAUAUAUAAUUAAAUAAUAAGACGUGAUCGACACACAAUAAAUAUUCUCACAGGAUAUUAUUCCCAAUUACAUCAUAUCAUGUGACAUGUUAUACCUUUUGCUGUUUAAUAAUGUGAUGGAGGAUAGAAUAAAUCUCCCAUCAAACUAAUACAUACAAAUUGACCAUCGGUACAUUUUACGUGAAGGUGUUUCCCCAUUGGGCCCCUGGUGCUGUGAUGACGUCACUAUUUAGCGCAGGUUGACGAGCGGCACUGAUGACGCGUCCAAGAUGGCCGACAAGCACCGCAGCUGCUGCUCCGCAAAGACGAUGGAGGAGCCGAUGCGAGAAACGAGACUGACGGCGAACGCUGCUGACUGCUGAAUGUUUAGAGACACUUGAAGGUCCUGGAGGAGACGAGAACGGGAGCAAGGAGCAAACAUUUGGGCGCAGUUUCCAGCCCUGAGGACGACGGGUUUCUUCCUCUGCGGUUACUCUGACCGUGGUUCGACUUUUUUUAUGUGCUGUGCAGCUGAAUUUGAAUAAAGAAAAAUUUUAUA